AUGGUUUGCGAUCAAAACUCUACCAAUCGAUCAGUUUACAGCAAAUUAGGAGUUACGUACGACCACCCCUAUUUCGUACAUAUCACUGAGACUGUGUAUUGUCUUUUUGAUCCGCCCCAUCUUUUGAAGUCAUCCAGAAACAACUUGAUGCAUCAUAAUGCUGUCUAUGGCGGAGCUGUUAUCAAAUGGGAUCAUAUAAAAUCCCUAUAUUAUGAGGACUGUGAAAGGAUACCUAGAGCCGCACCGAAAUUGACAAACAAACACAUAUUUUUACCAGCUUUUGAAGAGAUGAGGGUUGGUGUGGCAGCUGAAACACUGAGCAUUACGGUAUCCUCGGCCAUUAAAAUGUACGUCGCAUAUGGAUGCUUACCAGAAGAGUGCCUUAGCACGGCAGCAUAUGUCGAAGACAUCGAUAAACUUUUCGACAUAUUCAACGCUACUGAUAAUGUUCGAAAAUCUAAUAAGACCGUACCGGACUUGGAGCCGAACCGGAACGAAACCAAACAAACUGCACCCUAA